AUCGAGAGAUUUUGCCUGCCACCUGAUGCAAAAGUUAUAUACAAGGAUGCAACAGGGACAGAAGUUGAUGCCGAAAUAUUCAGCGACCUCGUUGGACAAGGCAAUGUGGUGCUGACAGUAUUCUCAGAUCAGGGUGAGAUAUCAAGGCAGGUAUAAUAAAGCACUUUAAACCUUACAUAAUAUAAUAUUUGAAUUUUUUCUAUUCCUUUAGAAUUCUCUGAUUUCUCCUUGUCUUCUGCUUCUGAGAUGUCUGACUCAAGCUUCAGCUCAAGUGCAUCAACUAUAAUCCUAGAUGAUGUCCCUAGCAAGAGACAAAGAACUGAGGAUACACGUGAUGCUGUGUCUGAUGAACAGGUUUCUUAAUGCUUUCUCAUGUUUUUCACUCUGUCUCUAGACAAGCUAUUUAUCACCAUGUUUUGUAUUCUAAUGUUUUUGUUUUUUAUUAGUUGAUUGAAGUUGUGCUAAGAGGCAAGUCUGGGGGUGAAGAAGUACUACAGGAGUACCAAACAACAAACCCUAACAGAUGCUGCAAGAAUAAAAAUGGUUAACAUCCUGGUGACUCACAUGAUUGACAAUCAUGGGUAUGUUUGUUUCACAUUGUUUUUAUUUGUGCCAAAUAACUGCAUGGCCAUUGCAUAAAUGUACUAAUUUAAUAUCUCCUCUCAGGCACCGCCCCACUAAAGCAAUCAGAGAAGAUUAUGCACGUGGGAUAGUGAUGUUGUUCCCUUCCCUCAAGGAUCCAUACUCCAAGAAGGGCUAUGUAAUAGGCAUUAUUAUUGUUAACUCUUUCAUGUCAUGUUGUGACACAAAACUGUGUGGACGACAUUGAUAUUUGAAUUCUGUGAGAUUUCGCAGGAGCCUGGUAUGACGACGCAUUUCUUUUCUUUUUUUCAUUUCAGGAACUGCAAGCAGCACAGGAUACAUUUCUUGGCGUCUGAAAACAGUCCAGAGGAAGAUU